UUUAUCUUUGGGAGUCGUGAGUAAUUUUAUUCAUGCUGAUUAAUUUAGUUAUGUGGUGAUCAAGUGGUUGAAGAACAUCUCAACUUGUAUGUUAAGAAUGAGGUAAAGAAAAUUGCAAUUUAGCUUAUAACUUGAGCUCUGAUAGUUGCUUAGGUUUACUCUUCAUUUUCCUUCCCCUGUGAAGCCCUUUGGGCCUAAUUUGGUUGUUGUGGAUAUGACAUUGUAUGUUAUGCAAUCAAGACAAAAGUGGUGUGCUAUGAUCUUAGUUAACUGAACUGCUAGAGAACAUAAUGAUGCAUAGCACCAACUAAUUUUAGAACUUUUCAUGCUUCUUACUAGUUUCUAUUGUUGGCCUGGUAAUCAUGGCGACCUUGUUCUUGCAUGAGUUGUCUUAUUAUCUUUCAACAUACACUGUACACGAGAUGGCGGUUGAUUCAAAACGUGGAGAAACACUUCCCAUCCAUAUUAAUAUGACAUUCCCCUCUCUUCCUUGUGAUGUUUUAAGCGUGGAUGCGAUUGAUAUGUCAGGGAAGCAUGAAGUUGAUCUCGACACAAAUAUAUGGAAGCUCCGCUUGAAUAAGGAUGGCCAUAUCACUGGCACGGAGUAUCUGUCAGACCUGGUGGAGAAGGACCAUGCUGCUCAUGGACACGAUGACCACAAAGAUCAUGAGGAGUCUGAUCACAAAGUUAAACUCCACAAUCUUGAUGAAGAAGCCGAAAAUAUGAUUAAGAAGGUGAAGCAUGCACUGGCUAAUGAAGAAGGUUGUCGGGUGUAUGGCCUUUUAGAUGUGCAAAGGGUUGCCGGGAACUUUCAUAUCUCGGUUCAUGGAUUGAAUAUUUUUGUGGCUCAAAUGAUUUUUGAGGGCUCUUCUCAUGUCAAUGUGAGUCAUAUAAUUCACGAUUUGUCGUUUGGGCCUAAAUAUCCUGGGAUACAUAACCCACUUGAUGACACAGUACGAAUAUUGCAUGAUUCGAGUGGAACUUUCAAGUAUUACAUCAAGAUUGUGCCGACUGAAUACAAAUAUAUAUCGAAGGAUGUUUUACCGACAAAUCAAUUCUCUGUCACUGAGUAUUUCUCUCCUAUCAAUGAGAUGGAUAGGGCGUGGCCUGCUGUGUACUUUCUGUAUGAUUUGUCACCUAUUACAGUGACCAUUAGAGAAGAACGUCGUAGUUUUCUCCAUUUCAUCACACGCCUCUGUGCAGUAUUGGGUGGUACAUUUGCCUUAACAGGAAUGCUGGAUAGAUGGAUGUACAGGCUUAUUGAGGCAUUAACAAAACCUAAGGCUAAAAAAAGUAUGAUGCGGUGAUUUUAGGGUUGUAAAACUCCCUUUGCAUGCAAAUAGCGUGAUUCUCAGGAACAUGCGGUUUACUCAUAGCCCGUGAGAAUUUUACUAACUUACACAUGAAAAAUGGUUGCCCUACUACUUUUUCCUCUUCUCUGCAUUUGAGCUUUUGAAAAUUUUGAUACCAUUGUUGUACUCGUAUUGGGAACAUUUAGUGUGAUAAUUUAGUGUCUUUGAAUUUGUGUUGCAACCUGAGGUUUUUGUGUUCCCAAAACAGAUAAGUGAAUAUCAAUUAUAUGGAUUUGAGGGUCUAAUUUUGCUACGUGACUAGGAAUUUCAGAAAAACAAUGCAAAGUACUAGAAAUAUCAUGGAACAUUUAGACUUCUGUUGACUAAAACGACUUACAAGUUAUAAGUUACAAGGACGAAAUGAGGAGAGCUUUUCUUGUUUUCAACCUACUGUCUCUUCUAACGGCUCGUCUAAGUCUCUCCUCGAUUUAGUUGCACUUAACUCUGGUUCGCCAGCAGAGUUAUAUCAAUGGUUUGUUAACACUAGUUGUAUUUUAUUCGUGAGAUUAGCAAAGACACAUGCUAUAUUGGUUGGACUCUGAUAUCAAUUUGAUGUGUUCUUUCAUUUCUCG